AAAACAAGCAUCUGUCUUAAAUAAAAACCGUCCCUGCUGCGGGUCAUAAUAGUCUAACUUGUUGCUCGUCUCUUUCUGCAAAGAAGAACAUUAUAUUUAUUACAAACACACCUCACACGCAGUGGCAAUGAAGUUUGUGGACGAUCGGAUCUUAACUCUGUUCAAGCGGAAUGCCCAUCACACGUUGACCUACUGGAGUGUUUUCUUCAGUUUUGGACUCUGCAUUGCUUUUCUCGGGCCGACAAUUUUGGAUUUGCAAUGUCAAACACAGUCGACACUCAGUCAGAUCACCUGGGUGUGUUUCGCCCAGCAGUUCUGCUUGUUGAUUGGCAGCUCUGUCGGUGGUGUUUUCAAAAGGACGUUGUUCAGCGCACUAGCCGCCUUAUUUAUCUCUGCUCUCAUCAUCUCUGUGAUAUUUGCCAUCAUCCCUCUGUGCACCAGUGUUCUGGUGCUGGCCAUUGCCAUGGCGGUGUCGGGUUUAGCGAUGGGAAUCAUUGACACUAUUGCUAACAUCCAGCUGGUGACCAUCUAUCAGAAGGACUCAGCUGUUUUCUUGCAGGCUCUUCACUUCUUUAUUGGGUUCGGCGCCCUGGUGAGUCCGCUGAUUGCAGAUCCUUUCCUCUCAGAGAAGGGCUGCGGGAAUCACACAGCGAAUGAGUCCAUCCCCUUGCAUCAUUUCAGGAACAUGCUGAGAAACAGUCCAACAGUACAGCAUGACUACAUAUCCCACGAUGCUUGGGUGGAAGAAUCUAUUGUGAAAUACGCUUUCUGGAUCAUGGCGCUUAUUAAUCUGCCUGUACCCAUCGCCACCCUGUACCUGAUGUAUCGGGAACAGCUGAUCCCGUGCUGCCCCAGCGGAAAUCCACGUUUACUGGACAAAGAUGAACUAGCUAUGGAGAACCAACAGGGGUCCGAGGGGGGCCCAGACGUGGAACACAAAGAACAUGAAGCUGGAGGUCACAGAGAUAUUUUUAGCUGCUGUCAGAAUGGUAACCUGCGUGAGCUGCCAGUUUCCUUCUUUAUGAUACACAUCCUUGGCGGGAUGGUGCUGUUCAUGACUGAUGGCAUUGUGGGAGCCUAUGCUGGUUUUGUGUACACCUAUGCUGUACAAUCACCAAUGGCAUUACCUCAUAAAACAGCAGGUUAUCUAGCCAGCAUAUUUUGGGCUGCGAUCACCGCUGGGCGCCUGUUGUCCAUUCCGCUUUCAUACCGCUUUCAACCCAUGAGGCUGCUUGUGUUAAAUCUGGCAGGAGCCAUUGUGACUGUGCUGAUGCUCCUUAUUUUCUACACCAGCAGUGUUUUUCUGUUUGUUGGGACGUGUUUAUGUGGACUUUUCCUCAGCAGCAUCUUCCCCUGUAUGCUUGCUUACACUGAAGACAUCCUGGAUUACCAGGGAUGUGCGACUCCAGUCCUGGUAACAAGUGCAGGAAUGGGAGAGAUGAUGAUGCAGGUUCUUGUUGGAUCGAUUAUCCAGACUAAAGGCAGCUACAGCUUCCCGCUAUGCGGAAUGAUUGUGGCCUGCAUCGGUUUUGUCCUCUUCAUCGGUCUGUUACUGUUCCAUCGGAUGCACCGAAACUACCUCACAGGAACAAAGAAGAAGUCAACCAUGGUGGAGGACGCCACAGCGGAACACAACGGACAGAGGAGAAAGGCAGCAGCUGAGAGUACAGCUGCUGUGGGCCCUCAGAAAAACUGACUGCUGCACGAGAGGAAAACAUAGUACAACAACUUAGCAUUUAAAUAGUCAUAAGGCCUUUGGUAUUUAAAACUGAAAUUUUUGUUGUUUUUCUGUCAUAAAUCAGAUACUUCUUCAACCAGCACUGGAAUAGAGCUUUUAUUUUGUGCAUCACAAUUUC